UCUCUCCCAAUCUCCUUCGCCUCCCCCGACCUCUUUCUCUCUCUCCCUCCCUCUCUCUCUCUCCGGCGCCUCCUCCUUUCCCAUCUCCGACGCCGCCGCCGCCGCCGCCGCCGCCGCCGCUUCACUCGUCUUCUUUCUUCGAAGUUUCCAUUUAGGAUCUGCAAUGCCUUUAAAGUGUUUCCGUUCGUAGGGGCCAACAUCAUCUUUGUUCGUCUUCUUUUAGAAGCCUCGUCCUGCGAUCACAGUGACGGCGUGUACUCUUUUGCCUCUCAAUUUGACUCCUAGAUGAGUAGGAGCUGCACCCAUAUUUACACUGUAAUGUGAUGGAUCCAGAGGGCAAGAAGUUCGGAAGAGGGCCGAGGGAGCUUACUGGCGCUGUAGAUUUAAUAAGUCACUACAAGCUGUUAGCACAUCACGAUUUCUUUUGUAAAAGGUCUCUGCCGGUGUCAAUUUCGGACACACACUACCUUCACAAUGUUGUCGGAGAUACGGAAAUCCGAAAAGGAGAGGGAAUGGAGUUAGAUCAGCUCUUUCAGAACACACCAUAUUUGAGAGAAACCGCUGCUCGCAUCCAGCAGUUCGACUUGGACACCCUCGGGCAAGCUCUGCAGCUGCGAGAAACAGCACCUAUUGAUUUGCCUUCUGCAGAGAAAGGAGUACCUACCGUCGCUUCUAAAUCGAGAAGCGAUUCCAAGGACAAAGAGAGGAAGCAUAAAAAGCACAAGGACAAAGACAAGGAAAAGGACAAGGAGCACAAGAAGCACAAACAUCGUCACAAGGAUAGAAGCAAAGAUAAAGACAAGGAGAAAAAGAAGGAUAAAAGUGGGCAUCAUGAUUCUGGUGGCGACCAUUCAAAGAAGCAUCACGAGAAGAAGAGAAAGCAUGAAAGCAAUGAAGAUUCGGCAGAAAUUCACAAGCACAAGAGAAGAGCGUUGAUAUCUGUACAGCACAAGAGUUCAAAGGUCGAUGAAGUGGGAGGAUAAAGGUCAGAAGCUGUUCAAGCUAAUACAUUUCUCUGCGUUCUUGUCUUAAUGCCAGUCGCUGUCACGUGCUGUUGAGGACUAGGUUGAAAAGUUUCCCUGUCAGGGCGCCAAAUCUAAUCAGGCUUUUUGCAAGGUAGAAAGCCACUGAGGGCGGCUUGAGAGCGACAAAUACACCAUUGCCAGGAAUUUUGUUCUGCAGAUAUAUCAGACUCUUGGUCAUUAAUUUGCGACCACUAAAACAUUAUAAACUGUGCGAACGGAACUAAUUGACUUGCACUUCCUUUUCUUCUUCUUUUUUUUCCCACCUAUGUUGCCAUGGUGUUGGGGAGUCUUAGACAUUUGCAUAAAGAAGGUCGGUGGGGCUCUGUUCUACUUCAGCUUUGUAGUCCCUAGUCUCUCCAAAUUCCUUUGUUUCUCACAUUGCUUUUAGCCUUUAGAGAAAUUUCACAAUUUAGAGAACAGAUGAUAUCGAACAUUUAUGAGAGAGAGGCUGUCACGAUGGAGAGAAGUAGGUUCCAGCAUUCGAGCUAUGUCAUUGAGCUUAGAUUCGUUAUUCGUAUUGGUUUUGCUUCAGGCGAUGUGACGACGAGCAAAUUACAAUAUUGGUGUGUUGAAGCUCAUUGUUUGUGGGUUAUAACCGAUGGUGUUGGGUGAUGAAUAGUUAUAACUGGUCCUAGGAAUAGUUAUUAUUAUAAAGUUAAAUCUAGUGCAAUUUUUUGUCA